CUCGGGUGCCUCUCUCGACACCUCUCCAUUCAUUGCGAUGCUCGCGCUCCUCGCCAGCGGCUCCACCGCCCUCACAGUCGGCGUCGCGCCCUCUACGGCCCGCUCGACGAGGGCCGUCAGCCAGCCAGCCAUGAGCAGCAGCGACAGAUGCGCCGUGUGGGUCGUCGGCUGCGGCGUGCCGAAGCGAGGCAUGGGCUGGUACCACGCCAAGCAGGUAAUUGAGGGCGACGUGCCCAACGCGGCGGUCACCGCGGUCGUCGAGCCGUGGUUCUUGGGUGCGGGUGCCGACAGCCCUCCGGGCAAGGCGUUUGCGGAGUGGGCUGAGGCGAUGAAGGAGAAGGGCGUGGCCUUCUGCGACUCGGUCGACGCCGUCCCGGUCGCCGAGGGCGAGCGCACCCUCGCUCUCAUCUCCGGCCGCACCGCCGACAACCCGCGGCUGCUCAAAGAGGUGAUCGAGAAGGGGUGCACCGCCGUCUACCUCGAGAAGCCGGGCGCGCCGACCGUCAAGGAGCUGGAGGAGAUGCGCGCGUACGCAAGCUCGAAGGGCGUGCCCGUCUUCAUGGGGUACAACAAGAACGUCACCCCCUACGUCCGCAAGGCGCUGGAGGAGGCGAAGAAGCGGCCGGGCUCGACGACGACGUACAUCCACAACAACGCCUACACCGAGGCGGAGCUGCCCGAGUGCUUCGAGCGCAACGCCGAGGGCCUCCUCAAGAACAUGGCCAUCCACGAGCUCGCGCUGCUCGCGACGUACUGGGGCGUGACUGUCGACACGAUCGAGUCGGUGACGCCGGACGCCGACUUCUCGCGCUGCCUCACGCUCAAGGGGCCGUCGGGCGAGACCUUCACCGACUUCUCCAAGGCGGGCUUCACCAUCGCCACAAAGGAGGGGCAGCAGAUCACCCUCCUCAUCGACCGCUGCGGCUCAGACGCGGGCGGCAACUCGGUGGCCAUCGUCUCGCAGGACGGCGGCGAGGUGUUCCGCUCCGAGACGCCGGACGAGGAGCUCAUCCAGACGGUCGAGGCGGCGGCCAAGGCGGAUCCCGACAUGAUGCCGUACUUCUUCCUCCAGUCGGACGACUACCAGGUCCUCAAGGAGCUCACGACGAGCCACGUGCUGCAGGGCAAGCCGGGGGCGCCCGAGGGCAUCGCGACGCUCGACGUGGCCAUCGACGCGCUCAAGCUCGCCGAGUACCUCACGCCGACGCUGCAGGAGGCGCUCGCCGUCGCAAAGUAGUCUAGAGCCCGGCAAAUGUGGCGGGUCUGUCUGUGCGUAUGAUAUAGCCGAGAAACGAGAGGGUCGGAUGGAGGUGUCGUGUUGGAGCUGAGCCUGUGAGGCAGCAUGUCCAUGGACCAUGCAGCAUGCUACUGGAUCACUUGAUUUUGCCCGUG